CCGUUAAUUUGUUAUAUUGUCUUUUACCGAUCGCUGCGAUCAUACAAUUCCUAUCAACAGAUGGAGGGUUAAAGCAGCAGCAGCCCAGCUCUUUCGUUUGAGCCGUUUUUGGGGGACGAUCAAGUACCGAUUUUUUAUCAGCCUCGAAUCUUUUUGUUCCAAUUCAUCACCACCAGUGACAACGAUCAAAUGCUACCUUGUUCCCACCUUGGAAGUUUCGGAGCUUAAACUCUGAACAGCCAAGAAAUUAACAGCGAUAUUGUAUUUUGAGUCACAAUUUGCAGACAACUUCGUUCAAGAUUGGCAACAGUAUCACUCCUCCAACACUGCACACAAUGGACCGUCUCACCGCCCAGAUCGCGUCGAUGAGCUUCGGCCAGAACUGGGAAACGACUCCCAAAAUUCCACCAACCUGCAAGUCCUGUGCCAAAAAGAGUUCGUUGCUGAGAGUCGGGCCAGAAAACCGAAACGGCAACGCUGGGCGUCCCUAUUUCAAAUGCAAACCCUGCCACAAAUUUAUCACAUUCGCCGACGACCGGGGUACGAAACUCGACAGCUCGUUAUGCGAUUGCCGGGAGCCGAGCAGGCUCCAGGUCAAUGGGCGUGAUCGGACGCCUGCCUUUGGCCUGCAUUGCGUGUGCAAGUAUGGGGUGUGCAACUUCUAUAGAGUGAUGGUUGGGAAGGACGGGAACCAGCUGUGUGUGCUAGACGAAGCUAAGCGGGCUGUUUUGAUCAAGCGAAGGAUAAUCUAGGGAUUAUAUCUUCUGUGUAUGGAUACGCAUCAAAACCUCCAGGCAAAUUCACAAACUCCGAGCUGCCUUGAUAACUGAUAAGCGCGCCCAGCAACCCGGUAACGUAGUGAUUGAGCAUCAAACCGCUGGGCGAUAUAUACAACAAUAGAGGGGUGAAAAAGGCCGGAUAUCAUCUAGUCGCAAUGGCGGAGUCACCCACUACACUAGAGCUGGGUGCGUUCACCGGCACGUCAUGUAAAUGCCUUAAAGAAAAUCAAACUCUCGGAAGUGCGGUCCGACAAUGCCUAUGAAGUAGAUUGCUAAGGAGUUCGAAGCCCCUCACCAGGUCGCAAAGGGUGGUCCACCGCAAUGUUAGGGCGCAGCGAUGAUUGCUGCAUGGCGAUUGCAGCUGCUUUUCAUACUUGAUGAGUUGUCACAACCAUGGCCAAGUCCAGACCUUUCAUAUUGCCUUUCUCCGGCGCUGUUAGUGGAUUCUUGCGUUGCAUCGCAGCCAAAGUUUUGUACUGGUAGUCAGCAAUGGCUCUCUUGUCAAGGUGCCUAUGGCUCAUUCCCCGAAAGAGCUAAAUGGACUAUCGGAUACGACCCGUUUGCAAUUUUCCAUUGCUAUUGCGCAGAGAACGUGCUCCCUGCUCAUUGGUGUGCUUAGGGAAAACGCGAUGCUUAUAGGCCAACGCUGCCACCUAACCCGGCAAUGAGGAGGGUACAUGGCUGUACUUUGGCAACCGCAGUUUGCCAAUGAGUCCUCGACCGGCUCUCAAACUUGUCUUUGACAAGGUCAAGUGGCCAACAAAACUCACAACUCUGACGGACGCAUAAGCCACGCUCAAGAUGGAUACAUCGCCAGAACAGGCCUUGAGGGAUUCGCUGAAGAGCCUUCGCAUCAGUGGAGACUACUCCGACAUGACUAUCGUCUGCGGCCACGAUACCUAUCAUGUCCACAAAGCGAUUAUGUGCCCGCGCUCGAAAUACUUCGAGACCGCUUUCAAAGCGGAUAUGCAGGAGAACCGCACAUCCUGCGUAGACCUGUCCGACCAUAACCCAGAUGCAGUCAAGCUUGUGAUCGACUUCUUCUAUCUCACGGAUUAUGAGCCUUUGCACAAAAGCCCAGCCUGGGGAUUCGAGAUCAAGAAAGAACCUACGAACAUCGAGUUUCCUGCCGCUGCAGUUGCCGAGGCUGACGAUGUUACAGCCGAACGCGGGGAUCCUCCAGCAGAGCCCGAGGUUCAUGAUCCCUGGGAAGAGCCUCCCGCACCCAGAAAGGGCAAAAAGCAAAAGAAAAAGGGCAAGUCAAUCGCCAUGGACGAGCCAGCGGGCCCAUCAACCGAGGACCCUCACUCGGAGCCCAUCAGCCUUGCCGAAUCGCUGCUUGACAAAACCUUCCUCCUCACGCACUGCCACGUCUACGCCUUGGCCGAGUACUUGCAAGUCGGCGACCUCAAGGGUCUGGCAGCGCGCAAGUUUCGCGCCGAGGCUGAGAAGCAAUGGAAUCACCCAGACUUCUUCGAGGCGGUGCAGGAGGUCUACCGAACGUCGGUCCGCAGCGACAGGCUCCUGCGCGACAUCGUGGUUGAUGUUAUGAAGCAACGCAAGGAGUUGUUGGAUCGGUUUGAGUACCAGGAUGUUGUCAGCCAGCUUGAUUUGUCUUUUGAGCUGCUCAUGGCGGUCAAGACUAGGGGGUGGGGUUGAGGGCUUCUGAUGACAAGCGUUCGAUUUAAAGUUCCUCUCGAUCUGUGGAACCAGGUUAUUCGCAACUAGGUAUGUUGGCUGUGUUUGCCUGCGAUGUCCUGGCAGCUCACCAAUCCAUGUUCCUGUCAAGGCAGCACCUGCAAAAUUGCCUAAGCAAAUGGGUAUGGCCAGCUGGUGCAAAAAAGGACUUUGGACCCGAUGUGUGUAAAAUCACUUUGCCUAUCAAACGUGUUGUCUCCAAAACUCUGCAAAUCCCACAAUCCUGAACUGAUCGACACCCGUGAAGGGCCUCCUGCAUUUCGAAUGCUGGUCAGUGGCUGCAUGCCAGGCUCCCAAGUGGGGGACAAAAUUAAAUUGAUCGCCAACAGGCCAAAUCACGACCAUUCCUUUAAAACAUUGCCCAUUUAAUACGCCAUAACUUCAUCAUCUUGGGCUUUGUUUUCUUAAAAUAAGCUCCAAAAUAAAGCCAAAACCAAUCUGUCCUCAUAACCGACUUUUUGCUAUGCUGUGUAUUUUUCUCGUAGUGAAAUUAUCGUAAGAAGUGAAGUACUUUCCCGCGAUUAAUUUAAUUUUGCCCCCGCAUUUUCUAAGCUAUGCAGAGGCCUGCCAUUUGGGCGACUUAGAGCAAGACUGCAAGUUGAUUUAAG